GUGUUAUGUUCAUCAUCGUUGUUUCUUGACUCUCCGUUUAACCCUAAGCGGAUUGUUGUGACUUGUGAAAGAGAAGAAGAAAUUACGAUGAAAACACCCACCACCAAAGUGGUGAAUCUGAAGACGAAAAAGUCCCUUUCGAAACGUCCACGACUACAAGAUGUCAUCGACAUCGACACCCCCAUCAGGGCCAUAGCUUGUCUCAAAAAAAUCGACGACAUGCGCCGCUUCGAGGAAACCGAGGAUUGCUUCAUCCUAGGUUUCGACCCUUACGCCGCCGUUGGCCUCUCGGUUGAUUCUUCUGCCGAUGAUGUCUCCGUCAUUGCUGAAAAGGGCAAGGUUGCUUGCAGAGAUUACCCCCACUCAAGACAUUUGUGUCUCAAAUUCCCGUUUAAGACCACGCCUCAUGAGAGCUAUUGUGAAAAGUGCUAUUGUUAUGUUUGUGAUAAGGUUGCCCCGUGUAAGGACUGGAAGGGCUGGCAUUGCAAUGCAGAGAGUGGUAUUUACUGGAAGAAUCAAAGGAAUGUGAAGAAAAUUCAACCAGCGCGUCUCUAUUAUUCUCAACCAUAAAGGAUGGUUGAUUGUAAUGAACUGCGCUAUGAUCAUGGCAGAGUCUAAUUGUAUUUGGGACUCUCACACAAUGUGGUUUAGUCUGGAAAUGUGACAUAUUUUGUGGGUACUAUAGUAUAUAGAUAAGUAACAAAAGAAUGUGGUAGAGUCUUUCUGCUCUAGGCUCUAGGCUCUAGGAUUAGGGGAUUUUUGAGCUGUUGCUGCAGGAUGGAUCUAUUGAAGUAUAUAUUUCAUGUUCUUCAAGAAUUCGUUUUGUAAUUACUGGUUUUGUGUGUGUUUGUGUUUUUACGCACGACCUUUUUUUUCUGGGCACUAUAAGAAGGAUGCUAUGCUUCGUGUUGUAACUAAUUUGUCUUGUCAAACACCAAGCAACAUUGCUACUUGCUAGGCCACAAAUUAGAGGACAAUCAUAAGCAAAAGCUGGCAAAACUGAA